AUGUCUUCUUGGGACUACGACGACUACGACGACUACGACGACUACGAUGACUACGACUACUAUGCUUAUUAUGGCUACGAUGACACAUCGGAAGCUUACGAAGAGCCAUUUCCACUACAUUUUCUCCCUUUCCGCAACCUUUGCGAAGCUUCCAUGGGCUACCUAGACACGCAGGAAGAGUACCCUCUCUACGAUGCAACGAUGAUCGAGUUUAUUGCCAUCGCUGAUUCCGCUGUUGCCGGUACGGCCUACGUCUAUGAACUCAAGUUUCACAAGUUCAUCGUUCUACCGCCCGAGUUACGUCUAAAGGUCUACACGCACUAUCUGGACACCGCGCGCAGCGACUCGACACUGGCGAAGCAUCUACACGUCGACAGGUUCAACAACCCAUGUUGCACCUGGCGCUGGCCCGAAGACCUCAUUAUCUGCGACCGACAUUCAGGGAACGAGCUUCCCACAGCCAAAUAUGCGCCCUGGCUCCCUAAUCUCGCCUUCGCGAACAAACAACUCUUGGGUGAAGUCACCGUUUGCAUGCUCUCGACAACCAAAUGGUUCGACUUCAAAUACGAGGAAUACAAGACCUUCAAGGUCGUCCGUUGGUUCAUGGACUUUCUUUCCACCUUCCCCACUGUCAUGGUCGAUGGUGUGGCUACUACGGAGGCUUUCAAGGCCAUCAAGCGCAUCGGCUUUCCACAUGCCUCCAAGUACAACGAGCAACGUAUCGGAUGUGUCGUCAACGAAAAGAACCCCGACAUCACCUUAAUGCUCAAGUGUACGAAGCUCGAUACAAUCGCAAUGGUGUUUAACUGGCGCCAGCUCGUCAACAACACGCACGCCCGAGAGCCUCGCGAUCUACAUGACUUUCUUGACUUUUUCCACUUCGAACCGAUGCUUGAACACAAGAACGUCAACAAUAUUCAUCUCGAGGGCGUGUAUCCCAGGGAGGAGGAAGGGCAAACUAUGGCUUGCUUGUAUGCGUUUGGCGAGUGGCUUGUGAAGGGGUUCAGGAGACGGGGUCGGGAGGUGAACGUUCAUGUGCAGAAGCGGUGCGGCCCAUUUGUCGGUAGGACCGUGGGACCGAAGCUUGUGGUAGAUGAGUAG